CGCGGCCUAGAGGGGCUUUGGGCACUCGCUUCCGCGUCGGCUUUCCUCUAUCAGCUUUUUGGUGUUCGGAGAGGGAGAGCGUGGGUUCCAGCGAGUUCUACGUGCAAGGUCCGCCCGGCGUCGGCUUCCUCGUUUUCCCUGGCUGCUCGUCAGCGCCCCCCUCCCCUGAACUCGGGCCCAGUGUGGGCUCACCCCCUCCCCUAACUCGGGGCUCCGGCGCUUGGGCCUCGCGGAAGCCACCCGAGGUGGCCGUGCGGCCUUCUGCAGCCAUGGUUCCUGCCCCCUGCCCUCCGCCGAGGCGUGAUCCUCUUUUCUGUGUUCAGGAACUUGGCUCAGCAGCUUCCCGCGCCCACUACUGACGUUUCUGUUUGGGGUUUCUGAGUCCCUGGGUGGAGAUCCCGGUCGGGUCUCCGGUCAGCAUCAUGAGUAUUUUACUGUUAAUGCGCAUUUUGCCAUCUCUGUGCCUCCUUUCCAUUGACAACGUUUUUGGGUCAACGUCAUGGUUCCUGUAAGCGCGUUUUUAGCUCCUAAGGUUUUUGCUUUUCCAAAUCAAGAAGACAGUGCACGAAGCCAGGGGACAUCAGCCAUGCUCCAAACAUCUUGGCCUCAGGAGCCGGUGACCUUUGAGGACGUGGCCGUGUACUUCACCCAGAAUCAGUGGGCCAACCUGGACCCCACACAGAGGGCUUUGUACCGGGAGGUGAUGCUGGAGAAUUAUGCGAAUGUGGCUUCGCUGGCAUUUCCAUUCCCCAAACCUGAUCUGAUCUCCCAGCUGGAGAGUGGUGAAGCACCAUGGGGCCCAGAUCCCUGGGAAGCAGAGCUUUUGAGAGACAUCUGUCCAGGUGGUGAGUCCUGGAUCAAGGAGGAGGAACCAGCUGCAAAGCAGGAAGCCUCCGAGCAGGCAGAAUUGUCCAGAAUGCCUGGAGGAGGACUGCUCAGAAACGUCUCCCAGCACUUUGACUUUAAAAGCAAGGCGACAUGGCAGACUUUCAGUCUGAAUCCGAAUCUGAUACUUCGGGGUGGAAUGAAGUUCUACGAAUGUAAAGAAUGUGGGAAAAUCUUCAGAUACAACUCAAAGCUGCUUCGGCACCAGAUGAGUCACACUGGGGAGAAGCCCUUCAAAUGUAAGGAGUGUGGUAAAGCUUUUAAGUCCAGCUAUGACUGCAUCGUACAUGAGAAGAACCACAUUGGAGAAGGGCCCUACGAAUGUAAGGAGUGUGGCAAAGGUUUGAGUUCUAACACGGCCUUGACUCAGCACCAGAGGAUCCACACUGGAGAGAAGCCGUACGAGUGUAAGGAGUGUGGGAAGGCCUUCCGAAGGAGCGCAGCCUAUCUUCAGCAUCAGAGACUGCACACGGGAGAGAAGCUCUAUAAAUGCAAGGAAUGUUGGAAAGCUUUUGGGUGUAGGUCACUUUUUAUUGUCCAUCAGAGGAUUCAUACAGGGGAGAAGCCCUACCAGUGCAAGGAGUGUGGCAAAGCUUUUACUCAGAAGAUAGCUUCCAUCCAGCAUCAGAGAGUGCACACGGGCGAGAAGCCCUAUGAGUGCAAGGUGUGUGGGAAAGCUUUCAAAUGGUACGGCAGCUUUGUUCAGCACCAGAAAUUGCACCCUGUGGAGAAGAAGCCCGCCAAGGUUCUUGGGCCAUCCCUGAUGAGUCCCCCGUGCGCCUCUUCAGCCUUCUCUGCCGUUCCUGUCCAAGGCCCAUGCUCUGCUGCCACAGUGGCCGUGCCUUCACUGACCUUUCCACAUGCUGUGCUCAUUCCUACCUCCGGGCCUUUGUUCAUGCUACUGCCUGCACCUGGAAUGCCUUCUUCACCUGUCCAAAUAGUGCGUGUCUUCCAGGGCCUUCCUUCCACUGUGAAGCCAUUGCCGGUUAUUCUGGCCCCUUCCCCUCACACCUCAUGACCUUUAUCUCAGCACUCUUCUGGCUCUUAGGCCCAGCAGACCUUCAGCUUCACUUGAGUUUCAUUUGUAUAUGUGUUUUUGUUUUCGUUUUACUUUACAUGCAUUACAAUUGUUUCAGCAUAAACUCCAUUAGAAUCUAUAUUAUAUGGGAAGACUGUGUUUCUGUAUUUUCUUCCAGGUAGAAAGUGAAACUACCUGACUUUUGCACUGUUCUCUUUCAGGCUUGAACAGUAAUGGCUGUAUCUGCCCUGUGGGGGCGGGGGUGUUGGAAGUGCUGGCAGGACACUUGGUUGCAUUCGAGUGUCUGGGAGUGAGGCCGCCCCUGUGCUGGGCCAUUAUGGUUAGAGCCAAGUGGCUUGGGGGAAGCAGAUGAGGGCGCAGGGACUGAGGGCGGGAUGGGGGGAGCAGGGAAGCACUGAAAUCCCCUUCCAGCCACAGACUCAGAAAUUAAUGCAGCUUGUUCAGUGGGCUAAGGCGGUCGGUCCAUCAACACAAUCGAAGUCAUGUUGCCCUUGGCACGGAUCACUGGGGAUCUCCUAUGUCUAUGCAAAAGAUCAUGUGAAAUAACCAGUGAAAACCUAAUGUGUGCAGUGAUCACAGUCAUUUAUGUGAUUGAUAGCAAUCAUGUCUGUAAACACAAAGUAUGUUUUGUGUUUUUUUUCUUUAGUUUUGCCCUUGAUGUCUAGAUAUUUCUCUUUAACUUUGGUUUCCUAAGUAAAUACACACCAAAGUA